AUGUCGCUCAAGUACUUGACUCUUGCGCUUGCCGCAACCGCAUGUGCCGCGCCUGGCUCCCCCUUCCAAGCUCUCGAGGCCCAAGCCUCCAGCGACAACCCAUGCGAGCCUUGCCAGCCCUCUGGUGCUACUGGCAGCGACCCGCCCGCAGUCGGCUCUGACCUUUCCUCGCUAUACGUCAACGUCCUCAACUCGGUCCAGGGUAUCUCCUUCUCCAAGCGUGGCUUGACGGCCCGCGCAGCAACCUCGGGCUUCUGCUGCGUCGCCUCCCUCAACUGCGUCAACGUCCAGUCCCUCAACAUCCCCAUGUGCUACGACAAGUUCACCACAAACUUCAAAUUCCCCGACGGCUCCUACGGCUCCCUGACCACCGGUGACUACCACUCCAACGGCCAGGACAUCAACCUCUUGAGCGGCAACUACUCUGGUGGAAACAUCUACUCGGCCGCUCCCCAGGACAAGCCCAACACGUCUGCCCUCUCGGUCCCCGCACAGUACACAGGAACUGGUGUAGGUGCCGCGAUUCCUGCGUCCGAGCUCGGCUCUGUCAUCGUCUACACAACUACGGUGCCCGGCACAACAUUCACGGCGCCGACAACGGUCCCUGGAACCAUCCGCGCAGCGACUGUCAACGGCGUUGAGGUCAGCACUAGCAUUGCGCCACAGACCAUCACACAGGCUACUACUGUCGCGCCGCAGACAACCGUCGUCACCACGCAGGUUCCGGAUGCGACUGCGGCGGCGUCGAGCAAGGGUGCCGCGGGUGCCGUUGGCGUCGAUUCGUCAAAGUCGUUCGGCGUGUCAGUCCUGGGUGCGCUGAUGUACUUCUUGAUGUAA